UUCCUCACUUUCGAGUACCUGCGAACUGUGAAGUUCGAAGCGGUGAGGGGUUUUUUUUUUUUUCCCUAGUUAGCAUGGAAGACCAGAAGCUAUCCAUAGCCGAAAUCAAAAUGGCGAUCGAAACCCUAUCCGAAGAUUUGCUCAUGGAGAUUCUCUGGAGACUUCCUGUGAAAUCCCUGCUUCAAUCCAAAUCGGUCUGCAAAAACUGGUACGCUCUCAUCCAAAACCCUAGCUUCAUUUCCCUCCACCACCAUCGCGCCGCCUCCAUCGCGGCCGCCCAAAACACCGACUGCCUCCUCGUUAAGCGAGCCCUCGACGGCGGCAACGGCAAGAUUAUCUUGUCCUUGAUCCCAAACGAAACCCCAACCGAAGAUAUAGACAUAUCUUUCACUGGUUUGGAUAUUGAGAAACUCCAGCUAUUGGGUCCUUGCAACGGCGUCGUUUGUCUGAUCAGACUCGCGCUUAACUCCACCAUUGUCAUAUGCAACCCUUCAAUGCGAGAAUUCAGGGUACUUCCUCAACCCUCUCAUAAAAAAGGCUAUAUGGCUAAUUUGGGAUUUGGGUUUGAUCACUAUACCAAUGAUUAUAAAGUGGUUAGGUUCGGGUAUCUGGAUCCUGAGUUUAAAACUUGUUGGCUUGAUGAAAGAAUUGAAAUAUACGAGCUGAGUACAGAUUGUUGGAGGGAAGUUGAUGCGGCGUCCCCUGUUGAGUACGGUUUCGAGUGCACUUAUUCUUCUUGCGUGUCUUGGAAUGGGGAUUUUUUUUGGUACGCGUUCUGCCACGGUGGUGAUGCGGCAAUUAUUGUGUUUAGUAUGACCAACGAGGUGUUCAAUGAAUUGCCCUUGCCAGAAGUUUGCUUGUUAGACAAUUCGGGGGCAAGGGAACUUUUCAUUCUGAAUGAUUCCCUUGCGCUGGCUCUUUAUCCAAGUACGUGGGUACCUCCAUUGUGGGCGGUGAAGUUGUCAUUCGAAAAGUGCUUUGACAUAUGGGUUAUGGAUGUACACGGCGUUGAGGUGUCUUGGACUAAAAAAAUUUCUAUUGGUCCCCUCCAGAAGCCAAACUUUGCAUUGGGAUUUCGAAAAAAUGGUGAGUUCCUUCUCGAGUGCGGUGAUGGACAGAUGAUGUCUGACAACAUUGAUACCCGGCAGAUAAAGGAGUAUCAAGUGUACAGUCAUUCACCUCCUUGUUGUUUGCAAGUUCUUCCACACACAGAGAGCUUGGUUUCAGUCAAGAGACACAAUGAGCAUGAUGAAACCGAUGAUUUACAUGUUUAACUGGUUGUGGGCUUCCUAUUCACGUGAUGCACAUCGGGCAACUAUUACGGCAGUAGUUGCAUUUACCUUACUCCAAGCAAAGAAGAAUGUAAAUGAGUGGCUGCAUUUAUCUGUUGAGAGGUUUCCUUGACAGUUUUCUCCUCAAAGGCGUUGAAAAUGAAAGCUAUUUUUUUCAAGCCUGCAAGUCCAUGGCUAGGACACAGAUAGCCAUUUCUCUUUAUGGUAACUUUACUUGGGUUUUCUUCAAUAGGUUUCAUAAUCAAGUUUGUUUGUCUCCAAAUUGGGUCUUUAUCUUAUUUUUGUUACAUGUGUGUUGAGAAAAUCAUUGAAGUGGUUGCUCAUUCAGAACUCACAAUCCAAUUUCUAUGAGCAUGUAACAAUAUUUCUUCAUCUUAAGAAA